AUGCGUGAGGCACUGAUUGGCCCGGAUUACGUUACUGAUAACGAUGUUUCAUGGCCACCACUGGAUUGUCCAACUCCCCUGGAUGAAUCAGAAACAAAGCCAAUUCAACGAAUUGGUGAUUUGAUGCAGGAAUUGUACGCCGAUUUCAAAAUCGGAGUUUGGGAUCCGGAACUCGCAAAGGGCCUGAAACAUGUGUGCUUAAAUGAUGUGAAACGCGAGGAAUUCAAAGGAUUUGAAGAUCUUGAUACAGAUGCGAUGGGCCUUAUGGGAUCGCUGAGACAGCAUGGCGAUAUGUCGGAUGACGACAACGACGAUGCAAUCGUUUUGUUCGAUUUCAUGAAUAGCGUGCAGGAACGUCUGGAAAUAAAUUUAGAAGAGAAUGGCGAUAUUUUUGCACCACGAGGGAAUAUCACAUCGGCCGGAUGGGAUGAUCUGAUUGUACCGCAGGAAUCGGCUCCGAAUGGCAUCAAUAUGCCCUUGGUAUGUGUUCUGAAACAACACUUGAUUUUUUUUUGUUAUGAACAGUAUUGCUACUUCUAA